AAAAAACGAUUCAGCGGUGGACAUUGUUGCGUGAAUACCCUGUAGUGUCCGAUUCGUGCUACACUAGUGGCAGUUCGGUGUUACAGGAUGACGGGUAGAACAGGAUAUUUGUUUCUAUUAGCAUUGUUUACAAUGUCGAUGGUAGAGGUGUUUGUUAAAGUUCCAGCUCACUCUGAAGACGAACAUGACGCGGAAGAAUUCCGAAAAGAAUUUGGUGAUGAGCCUCAGCAAGACAGCUUCAGCCAAGGUGGCGAAGAUCAUGUAGAAGUGCGUGAUGGCUCCCAAUUUUCAAACGUUAAACCGAAAAUUCUUACUGGAAGGAAGCUGCCGACACUGCGAUUCCUAUACUGCAUAUCAUGCGGAUACAAGCAAGCAUUUGAACAGUUCUCGAUGGCUGUUCGCGACAAAUAUCCUGAGAUGCCCAUUGAAGGAAGCAAUUAUCCUCCUGUCAAGUGGAAAGAGUACCUAGCUCAUACCAUCAACGUUUUGAAAAUUGCUGCGAUCGCAGUUGUCAUUACUGGCAGAAAUCCUUUUACCAGCCUCGGAAUGGGCGAGCCUUCAAUCCUGCAGUGGGCACAGUCAAAUAAGAUCUCUGCGUGCAUGAUGCUGUUUCUGUUAACCAAUAUGGUGGAAAGCACCUUAUUAUCAACAGGGGCUUUCGAGAUCUUUAUGGACAAGGAGCAGAUAUGGAGUAAACUUGAAAGCGGUAGAGUUCCCUCUCCUCAAGAGCUUCUACAGAUGAUUGACUCACAGUUGGAACUAUCUGGGAAGGGCCCUGGAGGAGGUGCUGGAUUUGGUGACUUUAAUCAGUAGCUAUAGAACUUCCUUUGCCUUGCUCAUUUCUUUCCAGUUCUUGUCAGUUUGUUAGCGUCUUACAUGCUAAUGCUCUUCACCUAGAACGUUUGAAUUGAUUUGUCAUAUUGAGCUACUUUUGUACAAGAUUGCUUUUCAAUUUUUGUGUAAAAUACAGAAUAUAAGGCAAUAUUCACUGAUUGAGUUCUUGUCGAAUUUUCGAAUGACUUCUCACUCUUUUGAUUAUGUUACAUGUUGCGGUAUGUACUUACAGCAAAUAAAUUAGCUAACUUUUUUAGAAGUGUUCAUUAAUUUUGCUUAAUUUUUCCUUUGGAACACACUUACUUGGUUGGUUGUGAC